AUGGAGACAAGACGUGGAAGAACUAUUGUAGCAGUCAUCCUCAACAUGCUGGCCCUCUGUCUCUCUACCACAUCCUUCCUUGGCAGUUACUGGUGUGUGGGCACACAGAAAGUGCCCAAGCCCUUGUGUGGAAAGAGUAUGGCUACCAAGUGCAUUGGGAUGCCCGUGCCCAUGGAUGGGGGGAGCAGCAAUGCAUCAAGUCAGGAAGUGGUGAACUACAGCUGGGAGACAGGAGAUGACCGCUUCUCCUUUCGCUAUUUCCAUGCCGGAAUGUGGUUCUCAUGCGAGGAGAACAUGGAAAGCUCAGGGGAGAAGUGCCGCAGUUUCAUUGAACUCACACCACCAGUUGAAAGAGGAAUACUUUGGUUUUCCCUGGGGUCAGAGAUUGUCUACAUCAGUCUGCUAUCCAUCAGCCUCCUCCUGUUGCUACUGGAAUUAUUCUUUCCUGGGAACCCUGGCUGUGGAUUAAAGCUUGAUGCCUUUGCUGCUAUGUCCUCCGUUUUGUCAGGACUUUUGGGGAUGGUGGCACACAUGAUGUAUACACAAGUUUUCCAGGCAACUGUCAACUUGGGACCAGAAGACUGGAGGCCACAUACUUGGGAUUAUGGCUGGGCCUUCUACAUGGCCUGGGUUUCUUUCAUCUGUUGCAUGAUGUCAGCCGUCACAACCCUCAACACCUACACCAAGCUGGUGUUGGAAUUCAAGUGUAGCCACUACAAAUCCUUCAAAGAGAACCUGAGCCACUCCUCGUCCCUACACUACCAAUGCCUUCUGUUGCAGAAGCAGCAGCAGUGGCAGCAGCAGCAGCAGUCACGGUCUCCAACCAAUUCCAGGGACCAACUGAGCAGCUUCUACCAGGACCAAAAUCAGUCUGUCCACUCGGUCUCCAUAGGGGUUGACUUUUGCUCAGAGCUACAGGAAAAGAUGCUUUCACAAGAGCCUAGGAUGAAAUUAAACGAAGUGCUUGAAUCAUUAGUUGAAGAAGAACAAUGUUAGGACUACUAUGGGAGAGGCAAGGGAGAGAAUAAGGAGGCGGGGGCACAUAAAAAGAAUAAAUCUUACCUCCUAUAGCCACGAGGAA